AUGUCUCUGACCGAGAACCUGUCCCAUCUCGCCUCUCUUCCUGCACCUCUGCCUCCAGCACCCGAGACUGAGGUUUUCACCGAGGAACAAUGGGACACUCUCUUCUCGAUCCUGGAAGUCUUCGUCCCAUCUAUCCCUGCCACCUCAAAAGCAGGCCCGUCUCCAGAAUUUCACGAGGCACUUUCCAAGCUCAAGUCGUAUCUGCCAGAAAGUGCCUCUGAGGAUGUGGCGCGAGCAUACUUGUCCGAGGACGCCGUCUCGGAUCCUGAAUACAGACAACGCAUAGUCCGAAAGAUCAAGCUCUACAUCCCUCCGUCCGACGCACAAGCACUGGCGUUUGUUCUCUCCCUGUUCAAUACCACUGUGGGCUCCUAUAUCCUGACCGGCUACACCACGCCGAUCCACAAGCAGGACCUCGAGACCCGUUGCAGAAUCGUCUGCCAAUGGUCCGUAGCCAGGUUACCUCCACUGAGAGCGGUACACAAGUCCCUCAGCGGCCUCGCGAGACAGGUUUGGCUUGCAGCUUCCCCCAAUCUGUACCGUUUUCUCGACUUCCCAAACAUCCCCAAGCACAUCGAGCGCAACCCCAGCUACGAUUUCAAAUUUCAUGACUUCGCGUCUCCAGCGACGUCCACGACACUCUCGGCCGACGUGGUGAUUAUUGGAUCUGGAUGCGGCGCCGGCGUCGUCACCUCACAUCUAUCCCGAGCCGGUCUGAAGUGCCUGGUCCUCGAGAAGGCCUAUCACUUCCCGUCGACACACUUCCCCAUGUCCGCUGCCAACGCGGGGGAGCAUCUGAUGGAGAACGGCGGCUUGAUGGUGUCGGAUGAUGCGUCCAUCGGCAUCUUGGCGGGGAGCACGUUCGGCGGCGGCGGCACAAUCAACUGGUCGGCCUCGUUGCAGCCUCCACGACCGGUGCGCGAGCAGUGGGCGGCCGACAACCUUCCUCACUUCCUGGGCACAGAAUACCAGGACUGCCUCGACACCGUCUGCGAGCGCAUGGGCGUCGCCAAGAGCACAGAUCCAGAAGGUCUCAGAAAGAUCGAGCUCAACUUCGCCAACAGGACCCUGCUCGAGGGAUCCCGCCGACUCGGUGUCGCCGUGCAGAUUGUGCCCCAGAACACGGCGUCCCGGCGCCACUUCUGCGGCUACUGUACCUACGGGUGCGCCAGUGCCACCAAGCAGGGGCCCGCCAACUGCUGGUUCCCCGACGCGGCGGCCCACGGCGCCGAGUUCGUCGAGGGCUGCUGGGUCGAAGAGAUUGUGUUCUCCGAGGAGGCGAACAACGGCGUCAAGACGGCCACCGGCGUCAGAGCCACAUGGACGUCCCGCGACCGGAAGACUACCCGACAACUCGCCAUCUCGGCCAAACGAGUCAUCGUGGCCGCCGGAACGCUGCAGUCGCCCCUGGUCCUCCUCCGCAGCGGGCUGAAGAAUCCUCACAUCGGCGCCAAUCUGCACCUCCACCCGACGAACACGGUCUGGGCGACGUGGCCGCACCGGACUGACCCAUGGGAAGGCGCUAUUCUGACGGUCGCGAUGACGGGGCUCGAAGACCAAGACGGCCAACACCACGGGCCCAAGGUGGAGGUGAUCUGCUCGACGCCGGGCUUCGGCCUGCUCGCCCUGCCCUUCCGGCCGCAAUACGCCCUGGGUGGCACGACGAGCAGUGCACCACUCUCCGCCGCCAUCGACUACCGGCUCAACGCCGCCAAACACGGCUACUCGACGGGCUUUGUGUGCAUCACGCGCGACGCCGACACCGGCAGAGUGUACAUCGACCCGAAGGAUGCGACGCGGCGACGCGCGCGGGUGGCGUACACGCCGUCGGCGCGCGAUCGCCGCCACCUCCUCGCCGGCAUGGUGGGCGGUAUGCAGGCGGCGUUCGUGCAGGGCGCGGUGGAGAUCGACGCGGCCCACCCGUCCGUCGACCGCUGGGUGCGGCCGUCGCACCGGGACCCCAAGGCCACGCCGGCCAUCGACGAGCUGUCCUUCACCGCCUACCUGGCCGAGGUGCGCCGCCGCUGGGUCGCCGACCCGGGGCCCUGCACCGCCGGCUCGGCUCACCAGAUGGGCUCGUGCCGCAUGGCGUCCUCGCCCAAGACCGGCGUCGUCGAUGCCCGGGGCAAGGUCUUCGGCACUGACGGCCUGUAUGUCGCCGACGCGAGCGUGCUGCCCUCGGCCAGCGGCGUCAACCCCAUGAUCAGCACCAUGGGCAUUGCCGAGUGGAUUGCCCGGGGGAUCGCAAAAGAAUGUCAAAGUGGCCCAGGGAUGAGUGAGGGAUUGUGGUGA